CUGGAGCCUCUGAAGAGAGCCGCUCCUCUGGAGCCUCUGGAGAAAGCCGCUCCUCUGGAGCCUCUGGAGGAAAGCACCGCUUCUCCUGAAAACAAAUACUCCAGAGGCGAGAAUGAAAGGUCUCCUGAGGCUCGGGGACAGGAACAUAGAAGACAGAGUGAGAUGGUGCUGAUUUCUGGAGGACAGUUCCUGAUGGGGACGGACAAUCCAGGCAUCCCUGCAGAUGGGGAGGGACCUCAGAGGCUGGUCCAUGUUGACUCCUUUUACAUGGACAUCCAGGAAGUCACUAACCAACAGUUCCAGAGCUUUGUCAAUGCCACAGGAUACUUUACAGAGGCAGAGAAAUUUGGAGACUCAUUUGUAUUCGAGGGGAUUUUAAGCGAGAGUGUGAAAAACCAAAUCACCCAAGCUGUGGCUGCUGCCCCCUGGUGGCUUCCAGUCAAAGGGGCCAACUGGAGACACCCUGAUGGUCCAGACUCCAACAUCACAGACCGGCUGGACCAUCCUGUUCUACAUGUGUCCUGGGCGGAUGCAGUAGCCUACUGCUACUGGGCCAACGGGAGACUUCCUACAGAGGCAGAAUGGGAGUACGCCUGCAGGGCCGGCCUUAAAGACAGACUUUACCCCUGGGGAAACAAGUUGAACCCUAAAGGACAACACUACGCCAACCUCUGGCAGGGAGAUUUCCCCAACCAUAACUCUGCAGAAGAUGGAUUCAUCAAAACGUCACCGGUGAAGUCAUUUCCGUCCAACACUUUUGGACUGUAUGACAUGGCCGGGAAUGCAUGGGAAUGGACCUCAGACUGGUGGACUGUCCAUCACACCACAGACGAGCAACACAACCCAACGGGUCCUCCAUCAGGCACCGACAAGGUUAAGAAGGGAGGCUCUUACAUGUGCCACAAGUCUUAUUGUUACAGAUACCGAUGUGCAGCCCGUAGCCAGAACACUCCGGACAGCGCAGCCUCUAAUCUUGGUUUCCGCUGUGUCUCUCAGGAACAACAGUGACCUGAACAGGUCGUCUUAAACACAGGUUUCCAGUUGCUCUGACACCGGUUUUGGUUGUGCAGUAAACCAAGGACAGAAUUUUAAUAUGUGCCAUCUAAUGGACGUUGAGUUGAGAAUGUGUUCCAUUCCAGCAGAAAUGUAAAAUUGUAUACCUUUUUUUCAUAAGAAAUAAAUAGAAAAGGCAGUUUUUCCUACAGCUCUGUUCUCUUUAAGCUUCUGAGAACAGGUGGAGAGAGCACUGAAUAACUCAGCAUCUUGUAAAUGCAAAAGAAAAAUCUUUGCAAGCAGUUGCACAAUUUGUCAUUAUCAACAAAACGGCUGGCUGAGAUACAGACUUAAAGUCUAUGUAAAUUUUACAGCCAAUGUAAAAUGACACUGUGAAUUUGCUGUAAGAUAAUUGUAAAGUAUUGUAAUUUUUGCAAUCACUGAUAAAUCUGUGACAAAUGGGAUCCUAACCAAUCCCAUUCUGGGUUUUUUUAUAUGUGUAUUUGUGUGUUCUAAUUUGUUAAGUUAAUGUUUUCCUGAGUUUUCUUUCAUUCAAGAUUUUUGUUUUACGUUUUGUUUAAUGUCCGUGGCCUUAACAUGACUCCAGUUCUUAAUUAGCCUUAAUAAAAAGCUUUUUUGGCUUAAUAUGACUCAAAUUUUACA